UAAGUGUUACGGGGAAUAUGAUUAAUUGGAAAAUAUGCAUAUUCUCAGGAUGUUAUGUAUAAGGAUGUAGAGUUAAUUUUCAAAUUUAUCACUGUAUUCCUGUAACAAUAAACCUGAGGUUCAUGUUCUACAUUCUUAAACUGAGUGAAAGAUAAGUGUUAUUGAUUAGUGAGUUCCAUGUGUACACAAUCAACUUUGUUCUCAUUCUUACCACACUGACUAAAGCAAUACAGCUCACAUUAACUAUGGGAACAAGGUUGUCUGUUUUAAUGACACUUUAACAAAGUAGGAUCAUCCUAACAAAUCUUGUUGACAUCACAUCAUGUUGCGAGGAAAAGUUUUGAACGUGACCUCGAUUCUUUCAAGCUUAGGAAAUGUUUACAUAAAGAAUAAAGACAAAUAUAUCUAAUCCCUAUUAACUCUUUAUGUUUCAUGGGUGUCAUUUAUAUAGCUAGUAAGCAAAAUAUGUUGAGAAAGUAAUCGCUGGGGAGAUAUAUUGCGUGUCUGUUUGAUUCAAUAAAAGAAAAAAAAGCUGUUGGAACGGUCACGAUGAAUAUCAUUUUUACAAUCUCAUUGUUGCUGUUGUCGAUUUCAUGCACACGUGUUUUCUCUGCAGCGUUGACAGAUUCGACAUCUAACAGUAAAAAUAAAACUGCAUGCGAAGAUCACAAAGAAUGCAACUAUUAUUGGUCACGUGGUUGGUACACAUGCGCAGUGGGAGCAGUGCUGUACGAUUAUUGUCCGAAAUCAUGUGGAUAUUGCGACAAAGAUCCCUAUCCAACUCCCCGUCCUGGAGAGUUAUGUAAAGACUAUGAACCGCUAUGCAAAAAUUGGGCCAAAUAUAGGGAAUGCAUCUACGCCCAGAAAUUUACUGAAAAAUAUUGCCCUAAAAGCUGCGGACUUUGUCCUGAAGAUCGGAAAAAACAAAUAUAUAACCAAUUUUGCGUGGACAGUACAAAUCUUUGCCAAUCAAAAGCCAAAAGUUAUGGCUGUCUCUUCCAGCGCAAGUUUAUGUCAAAAUAUUGCAAGAAAAUAUGCAAGAUGUGUUCGUCUUACAGUAGAUGUAACGAUGAAGACAGCUUGUGUAAUUGGUGGAAGCAAAGAGGAUAUUGCUCUUUGAAGAAUUAUAAGGACUACAUGAAAAAGAAUUGCAGGUACAGUUGCGAUCUUUGCUACCAACAGCAAUGAAAGAAAAGAUAUUUGUUUAUUGAUUGUACAUAUGAAGUAGAAAAAAAAGUAAGCAAGAAAAUAACAGAUGUUUUGAU